ACCAGACCAGUCUCAGAAUGGAGCACAUGGAAGUGGUUCUUCUAUUUCUUUUAUUUCUAAAGCCAGCACCACUAGAGCAAACGACUGUGGUCCAGGAGUGCUACUAUGGCAAUGGGCAGAACUAUCGAGGCUCGAUGGCCACCACCGUCACAGGACGGACGUGCCAGUGCUGGUCCUCCAUGACGCCACACCAGCAUCAGAGGACCCCGGAAAACUACCCAAACGCGGGCCUCACACACAACUACUGCAGGAAUCCCGACGGUGACCCAAGGCCUUGGUGCUACACCACAGACCCCACUGUGAGGUGGGAGGCCUGCAACCUGACCCAGUGCUCAGAACCUGAGCCCAGUGUCACAGUGUCUGCAGUGACGACCCUCAGCACCAUGGCACCUGCUCCCCCCCCGCCAGGUCAGUGCCUGGAAGGCACCGGUGAGAACUACAGGGGCAGCGUUGCUGUGACUGUCUCUGGGCACACCUGUCAGCGCUGGAGGGAACAGAGCCCUCACAGCCACAGUUGGACCCCGGAAAACUACCCCACCAAGAAUCUGGAUGGAAACUACUGCCGUAACACUGGAGGAGAGGUUGCCCCUUGGUGCUAUACCACCAACAGUGCCGUGAGGUGGGAAUACUGCAGCAUCCCCGCCUGUGAGUCCCCUACCCCUCCCACGGAGCAGCAAGUUGUCCCAGGUCAGUGCUUGGAAGGCACCGGUGAGAACUACAGGGGGAGCGUGGCUGUGACUGCCUCUGGGCACACCUGUCAGCAGUGGCGGGCACAGAGCCCUCACAGCCACAGCAGGACCCCAGAGAACUACCCCACCAAAAAUUUGGUUGGAAACUACUGCCGGAACCCUGAUGGAGAAAUUGCCCCAUGGUGUUAUACCACCAACAGUGCUGUGAGGUGGGAAUACUGCAGCAUCCCUGCCUGUGAGUCCUCAAGCCCACCCACAGAGCCCAUGGUUGUCCCAGGUCAGUGCCUGGAAGGCACCGGUGAGAACUACAGGGGCAGCGUUGCUGUGACUGUCUCUGGGCACACCUGUCAGCGCUGGAGGGAACAGAGCCCUCACAGCCACAGUUGGACCCCGGAAAACUACCCCACCAAGAAUCUGGAUGGAAACUACUGCCGUAACACUGGAGGAGAGGUUGCCCCUUGGUGCUAUACCACCAACAGUGCCGUGAGGUGGGAAUACUGCAGCAUCCCCGCCUGUGAGUCCCCUACCCCUCCCACGGAGCAGCAAGUUGUCCCAGGUAAGGAAGGCCCUGAGACUCUCCCCAGGGCCACCCAUGCUGUCUUGAUGCUGCUCCUUCACUGGGCUGGUCUUUCUGGGGGAGCUCUCUUGAUGUGUCCGCUGUGUUGUGAGCAGAACGUGGGCAGUUCCGGCUCACAGCUCUCUGGAGAUCAGUGCUUGGAAGGCACCGGUGAGAACUACAGGGGGAGCGUGGCUGUGACUGCCUCUGGGCACACCUGUCAGCAGUGGCGGGCACAGAGCCCUCACAGCCACAGCAGGACCCCAGAGAACUACCCCACCAAAAAUUUGGUUGGAAACUACUGCCGGAACCCUGAUGGAGAAAUUGCCCCAUGGUGUUAUACCACCAACAGUGCUGUGAGGUGGGAAUACUGCAGCAUCCCUGCCUGUGAGUCCUCAAGCCCACCCACAGAGCCCAUGGUUGUCCCAGGUCAGUGCCUGGAAGGCACCGGUGAGAACUACAGGGGCAGCGUUGCUGUGACUGUCUCUGGGCACACCUGUCAGCGCUGGAGGGAACAGAGCCCUCACAGCCACAGUUGGACCCCGGAAAACUACCCCACCAAGAAUCUGGAUGGAAACUACUGCCGUAACACUGGAGGAGAGGUUGCCCCUUGGUGCUAUACCACCAACAGUGCCGUGAGGUGGGAAUACUGCAGCAUCCCCGCCUGUGAGUCCCCUACCCCUCCCACGGAGCAGCAAGUUGUCCCAGGUCAGUGCUUGGAAGGCACCGGUGAGAACUACAGGGGGAGCGUGGCUGUGACUGCCUCUGGGCACACCUGUCAGCAGUGGCGGGCACAGAGCCCUCACAGCCACAGCAGGACCCCAGAGAACUACCCCACCAAAAAUUUGGUUGGAAACUACUGCCGGAACCCUGAUGGAGAAAUUGCCCCAUGGUGUUAUACCACCAACAGUGCUGUGAGGUGGGAAUACUGCAGCAUCCCUGCCUGUGAGUCCUUAAGCCCACCCACAGAGCCCAUGGUUGUCCCAGGUAAGAAGGGUUGUGAGAUAUUGCUGGUGGCCUGCAGUGCUCCCUGGAGGGCCAAUCUUGCUGUCUUCACAAGAUAUAGAGAGAAAGGAGAGAAAGGAAAAGAUGAAUGCUUUGUUGUGCUAUGUUUCCUUCAUGCAAACACAACGUCCUCACUUUCUGCCCUAACAGGUCAGUGCCUGGAAGGCACCGGUGAGAACUACAGGGGCAGCGUUGCUGUGACUGUCUCUGGGCACACCUGUCAGCGCUGGAGGGAACAGAGCCCUCACAGCCACAGUUGGACCCCGGAAAACUACCCCACCAAGAAUCUGGAUGGAAACUACUGCCGUAACACUGGAGGAGAGGUUGCCCCUUGGUGCUAUACCACCAACAGUGCCGUGAGGUGGGAAUACUGCAGCAUCCCCGCCUGUGAGUCCCCUACCCCUCCCACGGAGCAGCAAGUUGUCCCAGGUCAGUGCUUGGAAGGCACCGGUGAGAACUACAGGGGGAGCGUGGCUGUGACUGCCUCUGGGCACACCUGUCAGCAGUGGCGGGCACAGAGCCCUCACAGCCACAGCAGGACCCCAGAGAACUACCCCACCAAAAAUUUGGUUGGAAACUACUGCCGGAACCCUGAUGGAGAAAUUGCCCCAUGGUGUUAUACCACCAACAGUGCUGUGAGGUGGGAAUACUGCAGCAUCCCUGCCUGUGAGUCCUUAAGCCCACCCACAGAGCCCAUGGUUGUCCCAGGUAAGAAGGGUUGUGAGAUAUUGCUGGUGGCCUGCAGUGCUCCCUGGAGGGCCAAUCUUGCUGUCUUCACAAGAUAUAGAGAGAAAGGAGAGAAAGGAAAAGAUGAAUGCUUUGUUGUGCUAUGUUUCCUUCAUGCAAACACAACGUCCUCACUUUCUGCCCUAACAGGUCAGUGCCUGGAAGGCACCGGUGAGAACUACAGGGGCAGCGUUGCUGUGACUGUCUCUGGGCACACCUGUCAGCGCUGGAGGGAACAGAGCCCUCACAGCCACAGUUGGACCCCGGAAAACUACCCCACCAAGAAUCUGGAUGGAAACUACUGCCGUAACACUGGAGGAGAGGUUGCCCCUUGGUGCUAUACCACCAACAGUGCCGUGAGGUGGGAAUACUGCAGCAUCCCCGCCUGUGAGUCCCCUACCCCUCCCACGGAGCAGCAAGUUGUCCCAGGUAAGGAAGGCCCUGAGACUCUCCCCAGGGCCACCCAUGCUGUCUUGAUGCUGCUCCUUCACUGGGCUGGUCUUUCUGGGGGAGCUCUCUUGAUGUGUCCGCUGUGUUGUGAGCAGAACGUGGGCAGUUCCGGCUCACAGCUCUCUGGAGAUCAGUGCUUGGAAGGCACCGGUGAGAACUACAGGGGGAGCGUGGCUGUGACUGCCUCUGGGCACACCUGUCAGCAGUGGCGGGCACAGAGCCCUCACAGCCACAGCAGGACCCCAGAGAACUACCCCACCAAAAAUUUGGUUGGAAACUACUGCCGGAACCCUGAUGGAGAAAUUGCCCCAUGGUGUUAUACCACCAACAGUGCUGUGAGGUGGGAAUACUGCAGCAUCCCUGCCUGUGAGUCCUCAAGCCCACCCACAGAGCCCAUGGUUGUCCCAGGUCAGUGCCUGGAAGGCACCGGUGAGAACUACAGGGGCAGCGUUGCUGUGACUGUCUCUGGGCACACCUGUCAGCGCUGGAGGGAACAGAGCCCUCACAGCCACAGUUGGACCCCGGAAAACUACCCCACCAAGAAUCUGGAUGGAAACUACUGCCGUAACACUGGAGGAGAGGUUGCCCCUUGGUGCUAUACCACCAACAGUGCCGUGAGGUGGGAAUACUGCAGCAUCCCCGCCUGUGAGUCCCCUACCCCUCCCACGGAGCAGCAAGUUGUCCCAGGUAAGGAAGGCCCUGAGACUCUCCCCAGGGCCACCCAUGCUGUCUUGAUGCUGCUCCUUCACUGGGCUGGUCUUUCUGGGGGAGCUCUCUUGAUGUGUCCGCUGUGUUGUGAGCAGAACGUGGGCAGUUCCGGCUCACAGCUCUCUGGAGAUCAGUGCUUGGAAGGCACCGGUGAGAACUACAGGGGGAGCGUGGCUGUGACUGCCUCUGGGCACACCUGUCAGCAGUGGCGGGCACAGAGCCCUCACAGCCACAGCAGGACCCCAGAGAACUACCCCACCAAAAAUUUGGUUGGAAACUACUGCCGGAACCCUGAUGGAGAAAUUGCCCCAUGGUGUUAUACCACCAACAGUGCUGUGAGGUGGGAAUACUGCAGCAUCCCUGCCUGUGAGUCCUCAAGCCCACCCACAGAGCCCAUGGUUGUCCCAGGUCAGUGCCUGGAAGGCACCGGUGAGAACUACAGGGGCAGCGUUGCUGUGACUGUCUCUGGGCACACCUGUCAGCGCUGGAGGGAACAGAGCCCUCACAGCCACAGUUGGACCCCGGAAAACUACCCCACCAAGAAUCUGGAUGGAAACUACUGCCGUAACACUGGAGGAGAGGUUGCCCCUUGGUGCUAUACCACCAACAGUGCCGUGAGGUGGGAAUACUGCAGCAUCCCCGCCUGUGAGUCCCCUACCCCUCCCACGGAGCAGCAAGUUGUCCCAGGUAAGGAAGGCCCUGAGACUCUCCCCAGGGCCACCCAUGCUGUCUUGAUGCUGCUCCUUCACUGGGCUGGUCUUUCUGGGGGAGCUCUCUUGAUGUGUCCGCUGUGUUGUGAGCAGAACGUGGGCAGUUCCGGCUCACAGCUCUCUGGAGAUCAGUGCUUGGAAGGCACCGGUGAGAACUACAGGGGGAGCGUGGCUGUGACUGCCUCUGGGCACACCUGUCAGCAGUGGCGGGCACAGAGCCCUCACAGCCACAGCAGGACCCCAGAGAACUACCCCACCAAAAAUUUGGUUGGAAACUACUGCCGGAACCCUGAUGGAGAAAUUGCCCCAUGGUGUUAUACCACCAACAGUGCUGUGAGGUGGGAAUACUGCAGCAUCCCUGCCUGUGAGUCCUCAAGCCCACCCACAGAGCCCAUGGUUGUCCCAGGUCAGUGCCUGGAAGGCACCGGUGAGAACUACAGGGGCAGCGUUGCUGUGACUGUCUCUGAGCACACCUGUCAGCGCUGGAGGGAACAGAGCCCUCACAGCCACAGUUGGACCCCGGAAAACUACCCCACCAAGAAUCUGGAUGGAAACUACUGCCGUAACACUGGAGGAGAGGUUGCCCCUUGGUGCUAUACCACCAACAGUGCCGUGAGGUGGGAAUACUGCAGCAUCCCCGCCUGUGAGUCCCCUACCCCUCCCACGGAGCAGCAAGUUGUCCCAGGUCAGUGCUUGGAAGGCACCGGUGAGAACUACAGGGGGAGCGUGGCUGUGACUGCCUCUGGGCACACCUGUCAGCAGUGGCGGGCACAGAGCCCUCACAGCCACAGCAGGACCCCAGAGAACUACCCCACCAAAAAUUUGGUUGGAAACUACUGCCGGAACCCUGAUGGAGAAAUUGCCCCAUGGUGUUAUACCACCAACAGUGCUGUGAGGUGGGAAUACUGCAGCAUCCCUGCCUGUGAGUCCUUAAGCCCACCCACAGAGCCCAUGGUUGUCCCAGGUAAGAAGGGUUGUGAGAUAUUGCUGGUGGCCUGCAGUGCUCCCUGGAGGGCCAAUCUUGCUGUCUUCACAAGAUAUAGAGAGAAAGGAGAGAAAGGAAAAGAUGAAUGCUUUGUUGUGCUAUGUUUCCUUCAUGCAAACACAACGUCCUCACUUUCUGCCCUAACAGGUCAGUGCCUGGAAGGCACCGGUGAGAACUACAGGGGCAGCGUUGCUGUGACUGUCUCUGGGCACACCUGUCAGCGCUGGAGGGAACAGAGCCCUCACAGCCACAGUUGGACCCCGGAAAACUACCCCACCAAGAAUCUGGAUGGAAACUACUGCCGUAACACUGGAGGAGAGGUUGCCCCUUGGUGCUAUACCACCAACAGUGCCGUGAGGUGGGAAUACUGCAGCAUCCCCGCCUGUGAGUCCCCUACCCCUCCCACGGAGCAGCAAGUUGUCCCAGGUCAGUGCUUGGAAGGCACCGGUGAGAACUACAGGGGGAGCGUGGCUGUGACUGCCUCUGGGCACACCUGUCAGCAGUGGCGGGCACAGAGCCCUCACAGCCACAGCAGGACCCCAGAGAACUACCCCACCAAAAAUUUGGUUGGAAACUACUGCCGGAACCCUGAUGGAGAAAUUGCCCCAUGGUGUUAUACCACCAACAGUGCUGUGAGGUGGGAAUACUGCAGCAUCCCUGCCUGUGAGUCCUCAAGCCCACCCACAGAGCCCAUGGUUGUCCCAGGUCAGUGCCUGGAAGGCACCGGUGAGAACUACAGGGGCAGCGUUGCUGUGACUGUCUCUGGGCACACCUGUCAGCGCUGGAGGGAACAGAGCCCUCACAGCCACAGUUGGACCCCGGAAAACUACCCCACCAAGAAUCUGGAUGGAAACUACUGCCGUAACACUGGAGGAGAGGUUGCCCCUUGGUGCUAUACCACCAACAGUGCCGUGAGGUGGGAAUACUGCAGCAUCCCCGCCUGUGAGUCCCCUACCCCUCCCACGGAGCAGCAAGUUGUCCCAGGUAAGGAAGGCCCUGAGACUCUCCCCAGGGCCACCCAUGCUGUCUUGAUGCUGCUCCUUCACUGGGCUGGUCUUUCUGGGGGAGCUCUCUUGAUGUGUCCGCUGUGUUGUGAGCAGAACGUGGGCAGUUCCGGCUCACAGCUCUCUGGAGAUCAGUGCUUGGAAGGCACCGGUGAGAACUACAGGGGGAGCGUGGCUGUGACUGCCUCUGGGCACACCUGUCAGCAGUGGCGGGCACAGAGCCCUCACAGCCACAGCAGGACCCCAGAGAACUACCCCACCAAAAAUUUGGUUGGAAACUACUGCCGGAACCCUGAUGGAGAAAUUGCCCCAUGGUGUUAUACCACCAACAGUGCUGUGAGGUGGGAAUACUGCAGCAUCCCUGCCUGUGAGUCCUCAAGCCCACCCACAGAGCCCAUGGUUGUCCCAGGUCAGUGCCUGGAAGGCACCGGUGAGAACUACAGGGGCAGCGUUGCUGUGACUGUCUCUGGGCACACCUGUCAGCGCUGGAGGGAACAGAGCCCUCACAGCCACAGUUGGACCCCGGAAAACUACCCCACCAAGAAUCUGGAUGGAAACUACUGCCGUAACACUGGAGGAGAGGUUGCCCCUUGGUGCUAUACCACCAACAGUGCCGUGAGGUGGGAAUACUGCAGCAUCCCCGCCUGUGAGUCCCCUACCCCUCCCACGGAGCAGCAAGUUGUCCCAGGUCAGUGCUUGGAAGGCACCGGUGAGAACUACAGGGGGAGCGUGGCUGUGACUGCCUCUGGGCACACCUGUCAGCAGUGGCGGGCACAGAGCCCUCACAGCCACAGCAGGACCCCAGAGAACUACCCCACCAAAAAUUUGGUUGGAAACUACUGCCGGAACCCUGAUGGAGAAAUUGCCCCAUGGUGUUAUACCACCAACAGUGCUGUGAGGUGGGAAUACUGCAGCAUCCCUGCCUGUGAGUCCUUAAGCCCACCCACAGAGCCCAUGGUUGUCCCAGGUAAGAAGGGUUGUGAGAUAUUGCUGGUGGCCUGCAGUGCUCCCUGGAGGGCCAAUCUUGCUGUCUUCACAAGAUAUAGAGAGAAAGGAGAGAAAGGAAAAGAUGAAUGCUUUGUUGUGCUAUGUUUCCUUCAUGCAAACACAACGUCCUCACUUUCUGCCCUAACAGGUCAGUGCCUGGAAGGCACCGGUGAGAACUACAGGGGCAGCGUUGCUGUGACUGUCUCUGGGCACACCUGUCAGCGCUGGAGGGAACAGAGCCCUCACAGCCACAGUUGGACCCCGGAAAACUACCCCACCAAGAAUCUGGAUGGAAACUACUGCCGUAACACUGGAGGAGAGGUUGCCCCUUGGUGCUAUACCACCAACAGUGCCGUGAGGUGGGAAUACUGCAGCAUCCCCGCCUGUGAGUCCCCUACCCCUCCCACGGAGCAGCAAGUUGUCCCAGGUAAGGAAGGCCCUGAGACUCUCCCCAGGGCCACCCAUGCUGUCUUGAUGCUGCUCCUUCACUGGGCUGGUCUUUCUGGGGGAGCUCUCUUGAUGUGUCCGCUGUGUUGUGAGCAGAACGUGGGCAGUUCCGGCUCACAGCUCUCUGGAGAUCAGUGCUUGGAAGGCACCGGUGAGAACUACAGGGGGAGCGUGGCUGUGACUGCCUCUGGGCACACCUGUCAGCAGUGGCGGGCACAGAGCCCUCACAGCCACAGCAGGACCCCAGAGAACUACCCCACCAAAAAUUUGGUUGGAAACUACUGCCGGAACCCUGAUGGAGAAAUUGCCCCAUGGUGUUAUACCACCAACAGUGCUGUGAGGUGGGAAUACUGCAGCAUCCCUGCCUGUGAGUCCUCAAGCCCACCCACAGAGCCCAUGGUUGUCCCAGGUCAGUGCCUGGAAGGCACCGGUGAGAACUACAGGGGCAGCGUUGCUGUGACUGUCUCUGGGCACACCUGUCAGCGCUGGAGGGAACAGAGCCCUCACAGCCACAGUUGGACCCCGGAAAACUACCCCACCAAGAAUCUGGAUGGAAACUACUGCCGUAACACUGGAGGAGAGGUUGCCCCUUGGUGCUAUACCACCAACAGUGCCGUGAGGUGGGAAUACUGCAGCAUCCCCGCCUGUGAGUCCCCUACCCCUCCCACGGAGCAGCAAGUUGUCCCAGGUCAGUGCUUGGAAGGCACCGGUGAGAACUACAGGGGGAGCGUGGCUGUGACUGCCUCUGGGCACACCUGUCAGCAGUGGCGGGCACAGAGCCCUCACAGCCACAGCAGGACCCCAGAGAACUACCCCACCAAAAAUUUGGUUGGAAACUACUGCCGGAACCCUGAUGGAGAAAUUGCCCCAUGGUGUUAUACCACCAACAGUGCUGUGAGGUGGGAAUACUGCAGCAUCCCUGCCUGUGAGUCCUUAAGCCCACCCACAGAGCCCAUGGUUGUCCCAGGUAAGAAGGGUUGUGAGAUAUUGCUGGUGGCCUGCAGUGCUCCCUGGAGGGCCAAUCUUGCUGUCUUCACAAGAUAUAGAGAGAAAGGAGAGAAAGGAAAAGAUGAAUGCUUUGUUGUGCUAUGUUUCCUUCAUGCAAACACAACGUCCUCACUUUCUGCCCUAACAGGUCAGUGCCUGGAAGGCACCGGUGAGAACUACAGGGGCAGCGUUGCUGUGACUGUCUCUGGGCACACCUGUCAGCGCUGGAGGGAACAGAGCCCUCACAGCCACAGUUGGACCCCGGAAAACUACCCCACCAAGAAUCUGGAUGGAAACUACUGCCGUAACACUGGAGGAGAGGUUGCCCCUUGGUGCUAUACCACCAACAGUGCCGUGAGGUGGGAAUACUGCAGCAUCCCCGCCUGUGAGUCCCCUACCCCUCCCACGGAGCAGCAAGUUGUCCCAGGUCAGUGCUUGGAAGGCACCGGUGAGAACUACAGGGGGAGCGUGGCUGUGACUGCCUCUGGGCACACCUGUCAGCAGUGGCGGGCACAGAGCCCUCACAGCCACAGCAGGACCCCAGAGAACUACCCCACCAAAAAUUUGGUUGGAAACUACUGCCGGAACCCUGAUGGAGAAAUUGCCCCAUGGUGUUAUACCACCAACAGUGCUGUGAGGUGGGAAUACUGCAGCAUCCCUGCCUGUGAGUCCUCAAGCCCACCCACAGAGCCCAUGGUUGUCCCAGGUCAGUGCCUGGAAGGCACCGGUGAGAACUACAGGGGCAGCGUUGCUGUGACUGUCUCUGGGCACACCUGUCAGCGCUGGAGGGAACAGAGCCCUCACAGCCACAGUUGGACCCCAGAAAACUACCCCACCAAGAAUCUGGAUGGAAACUACUGCCGUAACACUGGAGGAGAGGUUGCCCCUUGGUGCUAUACCACCAACAGUGCCGUGAGGUGGGAAUACUGCAGCAUCCCCGCCUGUGAGUCCCCUACUCCUCCCACGGAACAGCAAGUUGUCCCAGAACGUGGGCAGUUCCGGCUCACAGCUCUCUGGAGGUUGACACCGGACAAGGGCCUAGGUGUGGAAGAGAGGCAGGGAGGCUCUCCUGGGCCAUGCCUUUUGUCUCUUCCCAGGCUUCAUACUUUCCACCUUUGCAAAGAUCUCCUUGUUCUGGUGUCCUCUCUCCCCACAGACAUAACCAUGUUGCUCUCCGACCCAACAGGUCAGUGCUUGGAAGGCACCGGUGAGAACUACAGGGGGAGCGUGGCUGUGACUGCCUCUGGGCACACCUGUCAGCAGUGGCGGGCACAGAGCCCUCACAGCCACAGCAGGACCCCAGAGAACUACCCCACCAAAAAUUUGGUUGGAAACUACUGCCGGAACCCUGAUGGAGAAAUUGCCCCAUGGUGUUAUACCACCAACAGUGCUGUGAGGUGGGAAUACUGCAGCAUCCCUGCCUGUGAGUCCUCAAGCCCACCCACAGAGCCCAUGGUUGUCCCAGGUCAGUGCCUGGAAGGCACCGGUGAGAACUACAGGGGCAGCGUUGCUGUGACUGUCUCUGGGCACACCUGUCAGCGCUGGAGGGAACAGAGCCCUCACAGCCACAGUUGGACCCCAGAAAACUACCCCACCAAGAAUCUGGAUGGAAACUACUGCCGUAACACUGGAGGAGAGGUUGCCCCUUGGUGCUAUACCACCAACAGUGCCGUGAGGUGGGAAUACUGCAGCAUCCCCGCCUGUGAGUCCCCUACUCCUCCCACGGAACAGCAAGUUGUCCCAGAACGUGGGCAGUUCCGGCUCACAGCUCUCUGGAGGUUGACACCGGACAAGGGCCUAGGUGUGGAAGAGAGGCAGGGAGGCUCUCCUGGGCCAUGCCUUUUGUCUCUUCCCAGGCUUCAUACUUUCCACCUUUGCAAAGAUCUCCUUGUUCUGGUGUCCUCUCUCCCCACAGACAUAACCAUGUUGCUCUCCGACCCAACAGGUCAGUGCUUGGAAGGCACCGGUGAGAACUACAGGGGGAGCGUGGCUGUGACUGCCUCUGGGCACACCUGUCAGCAGUGGCGGGCACAGAGCCCUCACAGCCACAGCAGGACCCCAGAGAACUACCCCACCAAAAAUUUGGUUGGAAACUACUGCCGGAACCCUGAUGGAGAAAUUGCCCCAUGGUGUUAUACCACCAACAGUGCUGUGAGGUGGGAAUACUGCAGCAUCCCUGCCUGUGAGUCCUCAAGCCCACCCACAGAGCCCAUGGUUGUCCCAGGUCAGUGCCUGGAAGGCACCGGUGAGAACUACAGGGGCAGCGUUGCUGUGACUGUCUCUGGGCACACCUGUCAGCGCUGGAGGGAACAGAGCCCUCACAGCCACAGUUGGACCCCAGAAAACUACCCCACCAAGAAUCUGGAUGGAAACUACUGCCGUAACACUGGAGGAGAGGUUGCCCCUUGGUGCUAUACCACCAACAGUGCCGUGAGGUGGGAAUACUGCAGCAUCCCCGCCUGUGAGUCCCCUACCCCUCCCACGGAGCAGCAAGUUGUCCCAGGUCAGUGCUUGGAAGGCACCGGUGAGAACUACAGGGGGAGCGUGGCUGUGACUGCCUCUGGGCACACCUGUCAGCAGUGGCGGGCACAGAGCCCUCACAACCACAGCAGGACCCCAGAGAACUACCCCACCAAAAAUUUGGUUGGAAACUACUGCCGGAACCCUGAUGGAGAAAUUGCCCCAUGGUGUUAUACCACCAACAGUGCUGUGAGGUGGGAAUACUGCAGCAUCCCUGCCUGUGAGUCCUCAAGCCCACCCACAGAGCCCAUGGUUGUCCCAGGUCAGUGCCUGGAAGGCACUGGUGAGAACUACAGGGGCAGCGUAGCUGUGACUGUCUCUGGGUACACCUGUCAGCGCUGGAGGGAACAGAGCCCUCACAGCCACAGUUGGACCCCGGAAAACUACCCCACCAAGAAUCUGGAUGGAAACUACUGCCGUAACACUGGAGGAGAGGUUGCCCCUUGGUGCUAUACCACCAACAGUGCCGUGAGGUGGGAAUACUGCAGCAUCCCCGCCUGUGAGUCCCCUUCAUCCUCAGAGCGUUUGGAUCCCCCAGAUCAGUGUCUGGAAGAAAAUGGUGCAAACUAUCGAGGGAACAUGGCUGUCACUGCAUCUGGGCACAUCUGCCAGCACUGGAGGAGACAGAGUCCUCACAAGCAUGAGUACACAACAGAAAACUAUCCCUCCAAGAAUUUGGUUGGAAACUAUUGCCGUAACCCCGAUGGUGAAAUAGCUCCAUGGUGUUAUACCACCAACAGUGCUGUGAGGUGGGAAUACUGCAGCAUCCCCGCCUGUGAGUCCCCUGCUGCAUCCGCAGAACCAUUUGUUGUCCCAGAUCAAUGUUUGGAGGGAAAUGGUGAAGACUAUCGAGGAAACAUGUCAGUGACUGCAUCUGGACACACCUGUCAGAGAUGGAAGGAACAGACCCCUCACAAGCAUAAGUACACCCCAGAAAGCUAUCCCUCCAAGAAUCUGGCUGGAAACUACUGCCGUAACACUGGAGGAGAAGUUGCUCCAUGGUGCUAUACCACCAACAGUGCCGUGAGGUGGGAAUACUGCAGCAUCCCCGCCUGUGAGUCCUCUGCUGCAUCCACAGAGCAUCUGGUUGUCCCAGAUCAGUGCCUGGAGGGAAAUGGUGAAAACUACCGAGGGAACAUGUCAGUGACUAUAUCUGGGUAUACUUGUCAGAACUGGAGAAUGCAGACCCCUCAUGGGCAUGAAUACACCCCAGAGAACUACCCCUCCAAAAAUUUGGUUGGAAACUACUGCCGUAACACUGGAGGAGAAGUUGCUCCAUGGUGCUAUACCACCAACAGUGCCGUGAGGUGGGAAUACUGCAGCAUCCCUGCCUGUGAGUCCUCUGCUGCAUCCACAGAGCAUCUGGUUGUUGCAGAUCAGUGUCUGGAGGGAAAUGGUGAAAACUAUCGAGGUAGCAUGGCUGUGACUGCAUCAGGACACAGGUGUCAGCGCUGGAGGGAACAGAGACCUCACAAGCACAGUAGGACCCCAGAGAACUAUCCCUCCAAAAAUUUGAUUGGAAACCUGUGUCGUAACCCUGAUGGAGAAGUGGCCCCUUGGUGUUAUACCACCAACAGUGCCGUGAGGUGGGAAUACUGCAGCAUCCCCGCCUGUGAGUCCUCUACUCCACCCACAGAGCCUCUUGAUCUUGUAGAUCAGUGCCUGGAAGGCACAGGUGAAAACUACAGGGGGAACAUGGCUGUGACUGCCUCUGGGCACACCUGUCAGCGCUGGAGGGAACAGAGUCCUCACAGCCACAGCAGGACCCCAGAGAACUAUCCCACCAAGAAUCUGGUUGGAAACUACUGCCGUAACCCCGAUGGAGAAGUUGCCCCUUGGUGCUAUACCACCAACAGUGCCAUGAGGUGGGAAUACUGCAGCAUCCCCGCCUGUGAGUCCCCUACCCCUCCCACGGAGCAUCUGGUUGUCCCAGAACAGUGCCUGGAGGGAAAUGGUGAAAACUAUCAAGGAAACAUGGCCAUAACUGUAUCUGGACAGCCCUGUCAAGGCUGGAGGAAACAAACCCCUCACAGGCAUGAGUACACCCCAGAGAACUACCCUUCCAAGAAUCUGUUUGGAAACUACUGCCGGAACCCUGAUGGAGAAAUUGCCCCAUGGUGUUAUACCACCAACAGUGCUGUGAGGUGGGAAUACUGCAGCAUCCCCACCUGUGAGUCCUCAAGCCCACCCACAGAGCCUAUGAUUAUCCCAGAUCAGUGCUUGGAAGGCACCGGUGAGAACUACAGGGGCAGCGUAGCUGUGACUGUCUCUGGGCACACCUGUCAGCGCUGGAGGGAACAGAGCCCUCACAGCCACAGCAGGACCCCGGAGAACUACCCCACCAAGAAUCUGUUUGGAAACUACUGCCGUAACCCUGAUGGAGAAGUUGCCCCAUGGUGUUAUACCACCAACAGUGCCGUGAGGUGGGAAUACUGCAAGAUCCCAUCUUGUAAUUCCUCUUCUUCCCCCACAGAACCUUCAACUUCCCAAGAUCAAUGCCUAAAGGGGAAUGGUGAAAGCUAUCAAGGAAACAUAUCUGUCACUGUAUCAGGCUAUACCUGUCAGCGCUGGAGGGAACAGACCCCACACAGACAUGCUAGGACUCCAGAUAACUACCCCUGCAAGAAUCUGGUUGGAAACUACUGCCGUAACCCCGAUGGAGAAGUUGCCCCUUGGUGCUAUACCACCAACAGUGCCGUGAGGUGGGAAUACUGCAGCAUCCCCACCUGUGAGUCCCCUACCCCUCCCACGGAGCCUUUGGAUUCCCCAGCCACCUAGCUACAGAUGCUACCAUGUUGCCAUCCUGACUUCCUUGGGAAGAUGACCUCAUCAAUGUGUCCUGGAACCCCACCUCUCCAAAGCUCUACCACAUUAGGGAAAGACAGAAUAGGCUGGGGCGGGGAGUGGGGGGAUGAAUCCAUCUGCCAACAUCUAUGUCCAGCAGAGAAGACAUUACAGAAGACAGAAUUUCCACCUUCUGCACCCCAUAAAGAGUGUUGGUUCAUACUCUUAGAGGGAUAAAGAAUAAGGAAGCUUCCAAUGGAGGGGAUAGGAUACAGAACUCUUGUGGUGGGAAUUGUAUGGAAUGAUACCCCUGUUAUCUUAUAGUCUUGUUAAUCAUUAUUAAAUCACUAAUAAGAAAUUAAUAAACAUUCUAGGGGCUGGGCAGUGGUGCACCUGAUUAAGCAUACACGUUACCAUGUAUAAGCAUCUGGAUUCAAGCCCCCAGUCCCCACUUGAAGGAGAGAAGACUCUGAAGUUGUGAAGCAGGGUUAUAGAUGUUUCUCUAUCUCUCCCUCACGUCUCAAUUUAUCUUUGUCCUAUCAAAUACAGAUUAAUUAAACUGAAUUAAAUUAAUAAGCAUCCUA